AUCUUCCAGGACGCUGAGGGCGCUGCUUGGCUGAGGCCCCUGCAGCAGGGCGCCCGGAGGGCUUCCUAGCCAGGACUUGGUGUCACAUCUACAGACAGUAGACCAGGGCUUGGUGCUCCAGUCUCCUCACCUGGGACGUGGUGGUCUGGUACCUCGCCAGGCUGCAUCUCUGAAGUAGGCCCUUUACUCCUGGAGUUCCUGGAUCUUCUCACACCUACCAUGAAUACCUCUCAUUUCUUGGCCCCUCUCUUCCCAGGAUCCCUACAGGGUAAGAAUGGGACCAAUCCAUUGGAUUCCCCCUAUAAUUUCUCUGAUGGCUGCCAGGAUUCGGCAGAGCUGUUGGCCUUCAUCAUCACCACCUACAGCAUUGAGACCAUCUUGGGGGUCCUGGGAAACCUCUGCUUGAUAUUUGUGACCACAAGACAAAAGGAAAAGUCCAAUGUGACCAACCUACUCAUUGCCAACCUGGCCUUCUCUGACUUCCUCAUGUGCCUCAUCUGCCAACCACUCACAGUCACCUACACCAUCAUGGAUUACUGGAUCUUUGGUGAAGUCCUUUGCAAGAUGUUAACUUUCAUCCAGUGUAUGUCAGUGACAGUCUCCAUCCUCUCACUGGUCCUUGUGGCCCUGGAGAGGCACCAGCUCAUUAUCAAUCCAACAGGCUGGAAACCCAGUAUUUUCCAGGCCUACCUGGGGAUUGUGGUCAUCUGGUUCGUCUCUUGUUUCCUUUCCUUGCCGUUCCUGGCCAACAGCACCCUGAAUGACCUCUUCCACUACAACCACUCUAAGGUUGUAGAGUUUCUGGAAGACAAGGUCGUCUGCUUUGUGUCCUGGUCUUCAGAUCACCACCGUCUCAUCUAUACCACUUUUCUGCUGCUCUUUCAGUACUGCAUCCCUCUAGCCUUCAUCCUGGUCUGCUACAUACGCAUCUACCAGCGCCUGCAGAGGCAGAAGCAUGUGUUCCAUGCGCACGCUUGCAGCUCACGAGCGGGACAGAUGAAGCGGAUCAACAGCAUGCUCAUGACAAUGGUGACUGCCUUUGCAGUUCUCUGGCUACCCCUGCAUGUGUUCAACACUCUGGAGGACUGGUACCAGGAAGCCAUCCCUGCUUGCCAUGGCAACCUCAUCUUCUUGAUGUGCCACCUGUUGGCCAUGGCUUCCACCUGUGUCAACCCUUUCAUCUAUGGCUUUCUCAACAUCAACUUCAAGAAGGAUAUCAAGGCUCUGGUGCUGACCUGCCAUUGCAGGUCACCUCGAGGGGAGUCUGAGCAUCUGCCCCUGUCCACUGUUCACACGGACCUAUCCAAGGGAUCGAUGAGGAUGGGUAGCAAGUCUAACUUCAUAUAGUCGUGUCUGGGCUUUUCCCUACCAUUUUUUGACACAUCCUUUCACUUAGUUAAGAAGACACAUUGCAGGCUGUGAUAGCAUCCUGUCAUUUCUGGCUUUUGGGGCCCAGAUAGGUUGGCAAGAGACUUGAAGCUUGGCAUUCAGAUGGUUUAGCCCUUUGCUUCUGAGAGAUCUCUGAGUCAGGAUUCUGCAGAUCACAGAGGGAACUUUGUGGCUUGAGCUGCAAGGGUAUUAGAGUCAGAAGUGGCUGGCUGACUCUCACAGCCACUCAGUACAGAUGCCUGGCCCAAAAGUCUUCAUCUAUGUCCUGACCAUUCAGCUAACCUGCCUUUGGUGAUGUGCUUAUGUUCUUUCAAGGGAUGUUGGGUGUUUCAGUAUGGGUUGGGUGCUGGUAGAAGCAGGUGCUGGGAGUUGGGAGUCUGCUUAAUAAAGUGCUUGCUGAAAAGAACAGGGACAAUACGAACGGGCUAUGAUAAAUGUGGCUGCCUUACCUAUGGUGGUCAAAGUUCAGUGUCCCUCCUGGCUGCUGAAUGGGGCCCAAGGCAUCCUCAGUGUG